UUAAAGCUACAGCAAGGACCUCAUUUGAAUGUGCACCCCCACUGCACCCAAAUUAGACGAGCUAUGAAAAGGGCCAAGGCAAGACUUUUAGUGCAUGCCUUGGCACUGUGGGCUGCAGUUUCUAUUUAGAAAAAACAAAUCAAGGCUCACAGAGCCAAGGCACACAUUAAAGGCGUUUUCUUGGCCUUUAUUGUAGCAAUUCUAACAGAGAUAACAGAAAUGCCUUGGACGUGCUCCGCUUUGGACACUGGAAAAGAAACAGCCCACAUUCUCAGAAAUUCUGAACUGUUUACAGGAGUCUAUCAAGUUGCUUAGCAAUUGGGUGUUUUCUCCUAGUUGCCGUGGGCUUUGCUGUGGACCCUGGCAGAGAUGCAGCCCCAAAUUCCAGGAAUUUCAAACUGUAGUCUAAAGUGAGCCAUUCUGCUUAUUAUGAAAAGUUAAGAUCCAGAACAGAUUACUUCCCAUGGGUUGGUCAGUCCGAACUGUGCUCUUCUUGAUCAUCUCAUGCUCCCUCUGGGAUACAGAAGGCCGAGAUUUUAAAAGCAUCCUCUUGGUGCCAAAUGGAGGACAACAUGGUGAUUGGGGGCUGGCACAAUUUUGUCUUAAUGGUUAUGCUCGUGGUUUCUCCUUGAAGGUAGAGCAAACGCAAUCUUGUUGGUUUCUCUGUGAUAAUACAGCCCUAAAUGGCAUCCGUCUGCACUGUGAUGACGGCUCAAUAAUUGAGUCUGCAGUUGCACCGUGGGGAACUUGGACGACGGUUCAGUAUUGCCUCAAAACCAAAAUGAUCUCUUUUGCUUUGAGAGUGCAAAAACCCCAAGGAACCUCUGAUGAUACAGCAGCCAAUAACAUCCAGUUCAGCUGUGGCAAUGAGUCUAUUCUGACAGGUCACGCAGGUGAAAGGGGGAGUUUUGGUGCAUGGAGUAAUCGCUGCUCUGUUGGCAUAUGUGGGAUCCAGACAAGGGUGGAAAGUUCCCAGGGUCUUGGUGAUGACACAGCACUUAACGAUGUGAGGUUCUACUGCUGUGGCUAAACCAUAAAUGUUUCAGUCUCCUACAGUGUAGCUGCUGGUGUUUCCACGGCUAUGUUGAUCUGAAUCUUAACCAUAAUAUAAUCUUGAACUUAAAAAAAAAACAUGUUUCUUUUUAAAAUUUGAAUUGCUUGACUCUGCAUGUAUAGCUGAGGAUGGGUCAUUUCCAUGGGUCAUUUCCAUGUAAGUGUUUUUUAAAAAAUAAAUCACAUUCUCAGUUACUUUUGCUGCUUCUAACAGCUAAUCAGGUUCCAUCA